CUUCAAGCCGACUUGUUCAUUUAUUUUUAUGAUGGCUGACUCAAUACAAGAACUUCUUGAUCUUGAGAAGUUUGUAUGUAGUGCUUUCUUGCACUCAGUGGAAACACACAAUUAACACUGCCAAUAAACGUAGUGACUUCGAAAAACACUUUCAUUCAGGUCCAAAUGGCUACAUCUUUUUAUUGUGACUCUUGUCGAAACAAAAAGACUUCAAAAGCAAUAAUAGAGUGCCUAGAAUGUGAACAGUUAAUUUGUGAACAUUGUGUAAAAGUUCACCAAUCACGUACUCUGCACCAUUUAGUUAACGUUGAUAGUUUACCUACAUCUGUAUUUACUUCAAAUCAAUAUUGUGAAAUACACACGGAAAAGAUUCUGGACUUGUUUUGCACGCAAGAUGACAUGUUGAUUUGUCGGUCCUGCAUGCCGGAAAAACACAGAAACUGCUUUUCAGUCAUCAAGCUUGAAGAUGCUUCUAGAAAUAUAGAUGAUUCCACAAUGUUAAUUGCAACGAAAUCUGAACUUAAUGGAAUAGAAAAUACAAUCGAGAAUUUAGAACAAGAAAGGAAAUCAGCAUUAACUAAAAUAGAGGACGACGCUUCAUUCGCAGCUUCAAAAGUCGCAAAUUUGAAAAAUCGCAUGCUCAAAAGAAUUGAUGAAAUGGAGCAAGACAUAUUAACUGAAAUCAAAGAUAUUAAAGGAAAACAUUUAUCUGGGAUAAAUUCAACCACAGAAGAGAUAAAAGAAAUGAAAAACAAAAUUGACUACCUUAAACAGAACUUAAAAAUAACAGGGCAAGUUGGUUCCAAAAACCAGAAAUUCGUAAUGGUCCAUUCGUUAAAACCGAAGAUUAGCGAGUUGCAGGAUAAACUUCAACAUAUAUUGUCCUCAACCAAAUCAGUUGAUAUCCUAUUUUCACCGACAAUGAAUAUUCUACCAUCCGAAAAAAUGGGCUUGAUUCAGGAAAAUACAAUACCAUGCACCAUUGUUCAUCAUAUUUCUAACCAAAUACAAGCCCCGAUUAUACCAAAAAAGCCACCUUCGUUUAUUUUCACAAAGGAGUUUAAUCUGAUUGAUUCAAUGAUAUCUAGUGCUGUUAUAAUUUCGCAAGACAUGCUACUUGUAUGCUUUUUUGAUAUACCUGCAUUAGGUGUCGUUAAUGAAGAUGGAAUGAUUACACAAAUGCAAAAACUUACAAGUAAACCAUGGAAUAUAGCUAUAAUACCAGACACAGGUAAAGCCAUGGUUAGUUUUGCACGAGAGAAAUCGAUACAGUAUGUCAAAAUAAAGAACUUGGAACUGGAGAAAAAAGUGUCUGUUGAGGAGAAGUUUCCUUCUGAAAUAUGGGGUAUUGCUGUAAGAAAAGACCGAAUUGCUCUAGGUUCAUUUGGAAAAGUUUACUUGUGCAACAUGAAUUUAGACGUUUUAAUAGAUCUAACUGUAGGUGCAGGAAUGGUAUAUUAUUUAAAUUUUGAUAAAUCUGAUAGAUUAUAUUGUAUAAUUAAAGACACAGGAGAAAUAUAUCGUUUUCUAAAGACUGGAAAAUUGUCAUUUAAAUAUAUUUUAAACGACUAUCCAGAUAUUGGAGGGAUAGCGUCUGACAAAACCGGAAAUUUGAUGAUUACAGAGGGUAAAACUAAUUCAAUCAUAGAAGUAAGUUCCGAAGGAAAAAAACACAGACAAAUUUUGGAAGGCAAAGAUGGCAUCAAGAACCCAACUACCCUUUUCUUUAACAAAACUUUUACAAAACUGUUUGUUUUAAGCAGCGAUGGCAGUGUAACAAUUUUUGAGUGUUGCUUGAAUCCACAAAUAUCUCAAAAAGAAUUUAACUGACAGAUUUUGAAACAAUUAUAUGACUAUAAAAUAUGUUGCAGCUACACAGCUGAAGUAUUUGAAUACCAAUGCGAAAAAGGCUUGUCACUUUUACACAGCACAUAAUGAAUAUUGUAAAUUUAUUUGCUGAUAUCUAAUUAAAUAACAGCAACAUAUCUUAAUCAAAAGUAUUUACAUCUGAGUGCAAAAAUGCAAAUCAGAUAUCUUCGAAUUUGAAACAUCUAUAUUUGGUCUCCAAAAGAAUAGUUGUCUCAUUGACAUUCAAUCAACAUCCUCGCAUUUGUAUACCAAUACUAUUAAUGGUACAAUUUUUACAACAACAGAUGCGCUUUUUGACAAAAAUAUCACUUCAAUGAUGCACGAUGCAACAGUAUUUGCUAGCCAAAAUUCUUAUACAUUUAUUGACAAUUAUUGUACCCAACAUAUUAAUCAAAGUAGGAAACCCAUUUAGUAUUUAUUUGAGACAAACAUACUAAUGGAAAAAGUCCAGUUGAAGAUCAUUUAGUGCUUGUGGUUGACAUGUACAGUUGAGAGUGGAAAUAGGGAAAAUGUCAAAGAGACAACAACCGACCAAAGAGCAGACACAAUUAACUUCCGAGAUCGAGUGGAAGAUAGAAAUGUUACACUCUCUUAUUUUACUUGAAUCCACAAGAGUAUAUUGUUAUCAAGAAGUUAACAACUGAUUUAAAGCAACGAAGCAAUUGCAUAAUUUCAAAGGGAAUACAUAUUAGUGGAAGUUUAAUGAAAAUGUAAAAACCAGUCGAGGAUAAUGAUAACAUAUUGAAAUUUCUCCGACUUAGGUUUUUAGUACACUAAACAAAAGAAGAUAAUAUAAACAGAGUGGAAAUUACUAUGGUUAUCAAUUACGUAAUUGUUUUUAACAAGGAGUACAGCCUGUUUAUCAUUAAGUGUUGAUUCAACAUCGUUUAGUGAACGACAUUAACAUGUGGCGUUAUUACGCAAUCUAGUUUCUUUAACAUGUUUAAGAAUUUUAAAUGACCGUGACAUCUAAGAUUUUUGAAAAUAGAUGUUAUGACG